AUGUCUCGAAGCAUCACAACCCAAGAAAUCUCCAAGCACAACACAUCAGAUGAUUUAUGGAUAGUAGUCGACAACACAGUCUACGAUCUCACCGAGUUCGCACCCUCUCAUCCAGGAGGAGCAGCAAUAAUUCAAAACUACGCCGGCCGCGAUGCAACAACAGCAUACAGCACAAUCCAUGCGCCUUCAUUAAUAUCCACCUCUCUCUCCCCCUCCAAAAUCCUCGGAACCCUCGACCUUACGAACCUCGACGAAGAAUGGCUCAAACCCCCUCCACAAGUCUCCAAGUCUACUUCUCCCGAAACCAAACCACCACUCUCCACCCUCAUCAGCACCCACGACUUUGUCUCCUCUGCCCGCCUCAGCCUGACGCCGAAAACAUGGGCCUUCUACUCCUCCGCCGCGACAGACUGCCUCACGAAAUCGCGAAACAACUCUAUAUACGGCGAAAUUGGGCUACGACCACGAUGUCUAGUAAACGUAAAAGAUGUAGACACGUCCACCACAAUGCUCGGUCACCAAAUGCGCGUUCCAAUCUUCUGCGCGCCAGCAUCAAUGGCAAAAUUAGUACAUCCAGCAGGCGAAUUAGGAAUCGCGCGGGGUUGUAAGAAAGUUGGGAUUCCGCAGGUUGUGUCGACGAGCGCGUCGUAUCCGAUCAAGGAAAUUGUUGAGAGUACACGCGAAGAGGGCACAUACGGGGGGUUUGAAAACGAGGAAAUGCCGCUGUUCUUCCAACUAUACGUCGACAAAGAACGGCAUAAAAGCGAAGCCCUCCUCGCACACGUUGAGUCUCUCGGCGUUAAAGCAAUCUUCGUCACCGUCGACGCGCCUAUUCCUGGCAAACGAGAAGCGGAUGAGCGGGUUGCGGCGGACGAGAGUGUUGUUACGCCUAUGAGCGGUGUUAAAGCGAAGAAUGACUCGAAAGGCGGCGCUUUAGGUCGUAUCAUGGGCCGUUAUAUCGAUGCUAGUUUGAGCUGGGACGAUUUGCCUUGGUUAAGGAAAUCAACGAAUCUGCCUAUUGUUCUGAAAGGUGUGCAAAACUACAUGGACGCGAAACUCGCGAUGGAGAAUGGAAUCCAGGGUAUUGUACUUAGUAACCAUGGUGGCCGGUCUCUUGAUACCGCGCCCCCGCCUAUUCUCGUGCUGUUAGAGCUGCAGAGAAAUUGUCCCGAGGUAUUUGAUGCGUUGGAUAUCUUUAUCGACGGUGGAAUAAUGCGCGGGACGGAUAUCUUUAAGUGUUUAUGUCUCGGCGCGACGAGUGUAGGUAUUGGAAGGGGAUUUCUCUACGCAUUGAAUUACGGGGAGGAAGGCGUGGAGAAAUUCGUUGAUAUACUCAAAGACGAGCUCGAAACAACAAUGAAAAUGAUGGGUGUGACGGAUCUCUCGCAGGUGCAUCCGGGAAUGGUAAAUACACGCGCGGUGGACCAUUUGGUUCCGGUGGGAGAGGAACAUCCUUAUGCGAGGUGGAGACCUAAAGCUAGGAUUUAG